AUGGAGCGAAGAAUGGUAUCCAUGAACUGGGAUCAGUUAGACGACUUGGAUGACGACGAUGAAUUCUAUGAAAGCACCAACCGGAUCUCGGCUGUUGUUCCUCUUGACGUCCCUUUAUCAGAAUUUGAUUACAAUGGAGAAGAUGAUCAAGAAUUUGAUGAUAGUCGUGUAUCUUUCUCCAACAACGUUUCCUGCAAGGAGAUUCAAAACGUCACGGUGGCUGCCGCUGCCGCCUCCUCCCCUCAAUACGAGAUGUGGAUGAUGGCACCGGGUUCCAUCACCGACCGCCGACGGAAGCUUCUCCAAGGAAUGGGGUUAAACAGCAACAAGGACUUUGCUAGGAUAUCUACAACCAAACUUAACAAAGCAAUGACGAAAAGACUGGCUUCCAGACUACCCGCUGCUCAGGCUCAGGCUCCGGCUCCAGCUCAAAAUCAGGAUCAGGCCCAACCUUCCUCCUCAUGUCCUGUAUUGGUAGUUCGUUGUAGAUCAGAUAGCGAUAUAGAUACAAGUUCCUUCAACACGAAACGACGAAAAGAGGAAAUGAUCGGGUCAAUAUCGAAACAUCGCCUGACCAGAACUUCAUCUGAAUUGAUCGCACCAUCGGUUGGAUUAUCAUGCCAGUAUGCCAACGUUCUUAGAGUUUGCACCGAGUUACCCAAGAAGCCUUCUUCAGUUGCUGCCAUAAAAAAGAAAAACGCCCAUCAACCUACCUCCAGUGAACGAUUCGAUUCUUUCUUCUUGAUCAAGAACUUGGAUACUGGGAAGGAAUUCAUAGUUAAAGAGUACAAUGAAGAAGGGGUAUGGAAUAAGGUGAGCGAUCUUCAAACUGGGAAGCAACUCACGAUGGAUGAAUUUGAGAAAACCGUCGGCCAUUCUCCGGUGGUGAAGGAAUUAAUGCGGCGAGCUAGCCGGAAAAGGAACAGCAAUUCCAGCAAACUGGCCUCCACGAACUCGUAUCUCAGCAAGAGCUUUAGAAAUGGCAAGAAAAAAGGGGCUGCGAUAUUAAAGAAUUUAAAAAGUUCAGUGAGUGGAUCGUCGAAAACAGAAAAAGAAAAGGAUAAUAGUAAAACAGGCGGAGGAAACAAAACGUCCACCGACAAGAACUCAACGUCAGAAUGGGUGAAAGCUAGAGCCCAUGGAAAACCCGUUAAGGAAUUCUCAGCAUUGCAUUUAUGUCAAGAAAUACAGGCUCAUGAUGGACCAAUUUGGACGAUGAGAUUUAGCAUUGAUGGUUUGUAUCUGGCAACCGCCGGUGAAGAUAAGGUUAUCCAUGUUUGGGAAGUGCAAGAAUGCGACGUAAUGUCAAUGCGGCCAGCUGGAGAUGAUAAAAGUUCAGGUGUUUCUUCUGAUAACAAACCACCAUUACCGGAUAAUUCAGCCAUGGCGGCCACAGAGAAGAAGAAGAAAGGGAAGAACAGUAAGAAAAAAGGGGAGGUUCCUGAUUAUGCAAAGGUACCGGAAGCUAUGUUUGGGCUGUCGGAAAAACCAGUCUGCACUUUCGAAGGCCACCAAGAAGAUGUCUUGGACCUAUCAUGGUCAAGAUCUCAGCUGCUGCUUUCAUCCUCAAUGGACAAAACUGUAAGGCUAUGGGAUAUCGAAACCAAGAAUUGUUUGAAACAAUUUGCACACAGAGAUUAUGUGACUUGCAUACAGUUCAAUCCAACAGAUGAAGAUUACUUCAUAAGUGGUUCACUUGAUACUAAGAUUAGAUUAUGGAGUAUACCAGGUCGGAAAGUCAUAGACUGGAGUGAUCUUCAUGACAUGAUAACCUCUCUAUCAUACUCUCCUGAUGGACAGGGUGCCAUUGUUGGAUUACACAAAGGGAGCUGCAAAUCAUAUAGUACUAUUGAUUGUAAGCUCGAGGAGAACGAUCAACUUCAAUUGCAUACCAAACCAAAGGCGGAGCCCAAAAAGAUAACGGGUUUUCAGUUUUCUCCGACUAACCCAUCCGAAGUGCUAGUCACUUCAGCGGACUCCCGUAUCAGAAUUCUAGAUGGAUCACACAUCAUCAAUAAACUCAUAGGUUACAAAAAUACUAGCAGCCAAUUCUCAGCUCAAUAUAGUGCAGAUGGGAGGUACAUAAUGUGCGCUAGUGAAGACUCUCAAGUAUACAUUUGGAAGCAUGAAAAACCAAAAAAUGUCGGUGCUGCGAAACCCAAAUCCGUAACAACUACUUCUUAUGAACACUUCCCUUGUACAGAAGUUACGGUCGUGCAACCAUGGCACGGAAGUAGCAAGUUCCAACGGUUAAACAACGAAACACAAUCUAAAGGACACUCAAAAAGGUCUGGUCGACUGGAUCCCACCGUUGAGGACUCAGAACCGCCUUCUGAUGCAAGCGUUGCCGCUAGCGAGUGCGGCGACGCUUCGUCACAGUCGGACAGUGGUCGCCAUGGCAAUAGUAACAAUGUUCAAUCGACAGCGUGGGGAUUGGUGAUUGUGACUGCCGCAGCGGGUGGUGAGAUUAGGGUUUAUCAGAAUGUUGGAUUGCCUGUUAAAGUUGGCCUUCAAACGAAUCUCUUCUAA